CCGCCCCGAGCGUCGCGACUUCCGCGUGUGGCUGCGAUCCUGGCGGUGCUGCUGGGGCGAACCCCGGCGGGUGGCCGGCGAUGCUGGGGGGCAGCGGCGGCCCGCCCGGCCAGCUCGAGGCUGGGCAGGACGAGCACGGGGCGGGAGCCCCGCCGCCCGCCAUCGACUUCCCCGCCGAAGACUCGGACCCCAAGUACGACGAAUCGGACGUUCCGGCGGAACUGCAGGUGCUGAAGGAGCCGCUGCAGCAGCCGGCCUUCCCCUUCGCCGUGGCCAACCAGCUGCUGCUCGUGUCCUUGCUGGAGCACCUGAGUCACGUGCACGAGCCCAACCCGCUGCGCUCCAGGCAGGUGUUCAAACUGCUGUGUCAGACCUUCAUCAAGAUGGGGCUGCUCUCCUCCUUCACCUGCAGCGACGAGUUCAGCUCCCUGCGGCUGCACCACAACAGAGCCAUCACGCAGCUCAUGAGGUCCGCCAAAGAGACGGUCCGCCAGGAUCCCUGUGCUGAUAAUCCUCAUAUUCAGAAAAUCAGAUCCAGAGAUGUGACCUUCGAAGCGCAAACCUCGCGCUACCUGAACGAGUUUGAAGAGCUGUCCAUCCUAGGAAAAGGUGGCUAUGGCAGAGUGUACAAGGUCAGAAAUAAAUUAGAUGGUCAAUACUAUGCAAUUAAAAAAAUCCUGAUUAAAGGCGCAACUAAAACAGAUUGCAUGAAGGUGUUACGGGAGGUGAAGGUGCUGGCCGGUCUUCAGCAUCCGAAUAUCGUGGGCUAUCACACAGCAUGGGUAGAGCACGUCCGCAUUCAAGCAGGCAGAGUCCCUCUCAAGUUGCCUGCUCUGGAAGUGCUGUCCGACCAGGAAGAGCACAGAGCCAAAUACGGCAUUAAAAAUGAUGAAAGUAGCUGCUCAUCGAUUAUCUUCGCUGAGCUCACCCCAGGAAAAGAAAAAUGUAUUGGGGAACCUGCCAUCGAGAGUCAGAAUAACCAGCUGGUGAACUACAGCGCCGACCUCGUGACCAGGGAAACCAGUGGGUUUGAAUCGUCCUCUGAGCGCCACCAAAACGGCCUCAUUGAGCUCGGGCACGAUUCAGACCUGGAAGAGAAUUUCACAUCCACGGAGGAAUCUUCUGAGGAAAACGUGUUGGGGCACAUGGGGGUGCAGUACCACCUGAUGCUGCAUAUCCAGAUGCAGCUGUGUGAGCUCUCCCUGUGGGACUGGAUCGCAGAGAGGAACCAGCGCAGCCGCGAGUGUGUGGACGAGUCUGCCUGUCCUUAUGUUAUGCUCAGUGUUGCAACAAAAAUUUUCCAAGAAUUGGUGGAAGGUGUGUUUUACAUACAUAACAUGGGCAUCCUGCACAGAGACCUGAAGCCUAGAAAUAUUUUCCUUCAUGGCCCCGCUCAGCAAGUGAAAAUAGGAGACUUUGGUCUUGCCUGUGCAGGCAUCAUCCAGAAGAACACAGCCUGGACCGACAGCAACGAGGAGAGUGUGCCGACACACACCUCCAGAGUGGGCACGUGUCUGUACGCCUCGCCCGAGCAGCUGGAAGGUUCCGAGUAUGAUGCCAAGUCGGACAUGUACAGCCUGGGUGUGAUCCUGCUGGAGCUCUUCCAGCCGUUUGGGACCGAGAUGGAGCGAGUAGAGGUCUUGGCCGCUGUGAGAGCUGGUCAGCUCCCCGAUUCUCUCAGCAAAAAGUGUCCGGUACAAGCCAAGUACAUCCAACACCUGACCAGGAGGGAUGCGUCCCAGAGGCCGUCAGCCCUGCAGCUGCUGCAGAGCGAACUGUUCCAGAACUCCGGGAAUGUUAACCUCACUCUGCAGAUGAAGAUAAUAGAGCAAGAGAGAGAGAUUGAGGAACUGAAGAAGCAGCUGAGCCUGCUCUCUCGGGACCGAGCGGCCAAGAGUGACAGGACAGACCGCGACGUCCCUGCCUAGCCGUGACCAGGCUACAAGGGAAAUGGCGGGUGGACUUACACUUUACCCGCAGUCAACUGGAAUGCAGUGUCAGCCUCCCCGAGGGCACACGGGGCAAGGUCCCCAUGGCCACUUCUCAG